GCCUACCAGCCAGCAGUUCCCUCUCUCAGGAAUGAAGGAUAAAAGUGAGAAAACUACUGAAGAUCCUUAGGGAAAUGAGAUUCCCUAAAAUUUGGAUGGAACAGGAGGGAAAGGUGUACUCAGAAUAUCCAAGACAAAGAGCUCAUUCCUGGAGUUUUGAAGAAAAAGGAACUAAGUGAACCAGUUGCCAGGACAACCUGUGUUGUGGAGAAGGGGUGGGACAAGGAAAUGGGUGACCUAUGCAUACUUCUGUUUUUACCUCUGUCCCUGUCAGCCUUUCAUGGGGUCAAAGGCUGUUUGGACUGUGACCCCAAAUUCAUAGAGGAUGUUAGGACCUUGUUGGGAAAGCUGAUACCUGUAGAAGUUCCUGGGAGAGCUCAACUGCUUGACAGGCAGCAUAAGGAGAUAACCCACUUAAGCUCCAAGGUCUCUCACAAGGAUAAGACGCUUCGGUUGUUGGCUGUUCGAAAUGUUGUCAAAUUGAGAGAAUGGCUCAAGCAUGAAUUUUAUAGACUGGGAAAUGAAACAUGGAAAGGUGUCUUUAUCAUUCAAGGCAAGCUUCUUCAUGUCCGUCAAAACCUGGAAUUGGAACUGAAAGAAAUACUAAAGAACUUCUCUGAAGUUGCUUGUUCAGAAGAUUGCAUUUUAACUGAAGGUCCUGUCCUUGACUGUUGGACCUGUCUUCGCAUGACCACCCGGUGUUUCAGAGGAGACUAUUGUAAAGACGAGAAUCCAAAGAAGGCUGAAAAUCGAGAGAUUGCACUAUAUCUGAUAUUGAUGGCAGAAGCUGUAAUAUUGGCAAGUGCUGUGUUACUAUUCCAUUUCUGCAUCUCACAUCGGAGGAAAAUGAAAGUAAUACGAAGGACACUGAAGACAUAUUUGGAGAAGAAACUUGAAGAAUUAGUGGGGAUGGUAGAUAAGGAUGAUGAGCAAAAAGAUUUGGAGACCCAGAAAUCAAAUCUGAAGUCUUGAACAGGAGAUCCUUCAAGUGUUGAGUCAGAGUUGCAAACUGGGACUUGAGUUCCUGCAUGGUUAUAAAAUCACAGCAUCUUAAAAGUGAAAUAGAACUUAGGGUUUCUCCAGUGAAUAUCCUUACUGGCAUCCUGAGACAAUGGAUGAAAUGAGAGGUCAAAUGAUUUACCCUGAGUUAUACAGCAAGUAAACUGGUAUGCUGCAACACACAUAAGAAACAAUAUGCCAUGUACAAAUAAAAAGGCAUUGUUAGUCACUCUCAUGAAUGGCAGUAAUUAGGGUAACUUCCACAUUUAUAAAUCUGUAUUUUAUUUCUAUUUUUAUUUUAUUUGUUUCCACAUUUACCAUCAGGUCCAAUGUAGAUGAUUCCCUAGAUAAGAUAAUUAAGCUUUAUCAUAAUAUCUGAAUCACAUGUGUAUGGGUAAAAUAAAGUCCAAAAAUACUA